CGCAGAAGCCCCAGGCGCCCGAACCCCCGCCGCCGCCGAGCCUGGAAGCGGGACCGGGAGCAGGACCCCCAGAGGCGCUGGUGGAGCCCGACCGCGACAGCCCCAGGGAGGAGGACGAGCUCAAGCUGGCGCCCGGCCCUCAGGUAGGAGCCAGCGAGUCCGGCUGCUCCGGCGCUUUCACCUCCCGGAGCGGGGUCGGGGCGGACUUGGGGAUAGACCUUCCUCUCCCGGCUGGAGCCAGAGCCUUUCCCCCAGGGCCGUGGCUGAGGCUUUCUCCCCCCGAGGCGGGAGUGAAGGCUAGACCCUUCUCUCCAAUGUCGAGGCACGGCCUGCCCUGCCCUCCUGAGACCAGGCUGCCUGUCCUCUCACAGCGCCUGCAGCCGGAGGAGAGGCUGAACGUUCUGGUCGCACACCCACACUGGUACCGGCUCGAAUCCGGAGAGCACAGCUCAGCUCUCUGUCCUCCACCUCCCGCCGGGCCCACCUGCUCCCUAACCCACCCACAGGCCAUUUCAGGGCGCUGGGGCUGAAAGGCUGCAGCCUUUUCCCUCUCCCCACGGAGGCGGCUCCACCCUUUCCCCUCGCUGCCUGCAGCCACUGCCCCACUCCUGGGGCCUCCCUCCUCACCCUGCCCAACAGAGUAGUUGGAGCAAACAGGCUGCCCAGAAAACUAUUUGGUGGGGCUCCCGCACUGAGGUGGAAACCCAACAGAGCCCGCCCUUUCUCCCCUGUGUACCCCUGACCCCCGAGGCAGGCCGCUCGCAACCCUCAAGUCCCAGGGUUUGGCGAAUCCUGCUGAGAGCGGUAGGAGGGCUCUCCAAAGCUUCCAGCUUGCCACUUGGAGGAAGGUCACUUUGUUUCGAGCAAAGAAGAUAAUGGGAGGUACUCUGCCAGUGUUCACUGAGAGGCCGGGAUGGCAUGAGCCACAAUUGCUCUGGGAGGGUUGUAGCACCUGGGGCUGGGUGGCUCACCCUAAGCUUGCUCUGACAAAAGAGUUUUGAGUUGGUCUUUUGGCUGAGCCUGCCUAGGAAGGCAGGCUCCUGCAGGAGUCUUGGAGGGUCGGAUACAGCGCCGGAUGAGGAUGAGGCGUGGCGGAAGAUGCGUUUGGCUCUGCAGACACUGCAUCGGGCAGCAGGGGACUCUGGGAGGCUGGUGCAGCCAGAAGGCAUGGCUCUUGACAGCCUUCUAGUAGAAUCUCUGGAAUUGUGCAUGUCUCAGCUCCCCCACCCUCAAAGGACACUCUUGUGUUGCUGUGGUGGAUUUAACAAGGACAGAAGAGGAAAGAAACUAACGGGUAUUGAGCACCUACUGUGUGCCAGGCCCAGGCCAGGUUCCCCCCACCUCCAGCCAGUCUGUGCAGACUUGCUGCCUGCUGUGUCAUCGGGAACGCAAAGGCUGGGAAGAAGGCCCUUCCCAAAACGGACUGGUAUUGCAGGGUGAGAAGCUGCCCCCUGACUUCAUGCCAAAGCUCGUCAAGAAUCUCCUAGGCGAGAUGCCUCUAUGGGUCUGCCAGAGUUGCCGAAAGAGCAUGGAGGAAGAUGAAAGGCAGACAGGUCGAGAACAUGCAGUGGCGAUCUCCUUGUCACACACAUCCUGCAAAUCACAGUCUUGUGGGGGUGACUCUCAUUCCUCUUCGUCCUCUUCUUCAUCGUCCUCAUCCUCGUCCUCCUGCCACGGGAACUCAGGGGACUGGGAUCCCAGCUCGUUCCUGUCAGCACAUAAGCUCUCAGGCCUUUGGAACUCCCCACACCCCAGUGGGGCCAUGCCGGUUAGCUCGCUUGGGAGUCCUCCUACCAUCCCUGGUGAGGUGUUCUCCAUCUCAGAGCACCACCGGCACUCAGACCUCACUGCUCCACCUAAUAGCCCCACCGGCCACCACCCCCAGCCAGCAUCGCUGAUCCCAUCUCACCUUGGAUCCUUUAGCUCACCACCUCACCCACAUCUGCUGCCCACCACCCCAGCAGCACCUUUCCCUGCCCAGGCUUCUGAAUGCCCUAUUGCCGCUGCUGCCACUCCCCACACCCCAGGGGCAUGUCAGAGCCCCCAUCUGCCCUCCACCAGCUUGCCACUCCUGAAAAUGCCCCCACCAUUCUCAGGGUGCAGCCACCCCUGCAGUGGGCACUGCAGCGGGCACUGCAGCGGGCCUCUCCUCCCACCACCCAGCUCUCAGCAGCUUCCAAGCACUCACAGCAGGGACCCUGGGUGCAAGGGGCACAAGUUUACACACAGUGGCCUGGCCUGCCAGCUGCCCCAGCCCUGCGAGGCAGAUGAGGGGCUGGGCGAGGAAGAGGACAGCAGCUCAGAACGUAGCUCCUGCACCUCGUCCUCCACCCACCAGAGAGAUGGGAAGUUCUGUGACUGCUGCUACUGUGAGUUCUUCGGCCACAACGCGCCACCCGCUGCCCCGACGAGUCGGAAUUAUACCGAGAUCCGAGAGAAGCUCCGCUCAAGGCUGACCAGGCGGAAAGAGGAGCUGCCUAUGAAGGGGGGCACCCUGGGAGGGAUCCCUGGGGAGCCCGCCGUGGACCACCGAGAUGUCGAUGAGCUGCUGGAAUUCAUCAACAGCACGGAGCCCAAAGUCCCCAACAGCGCCAGGGCCGCCAAGCGGGCCCGGCACAAGCUGAAAAAGAAGGAAAAGGAGAAGGCCCAGUUAGCAGCAGAAGCUCUAAAGCAGGUGAAUCGUGUUUCUGGAAACCGGGAAGCAAGGUCUGCCAGAGAAAGGCUCUUGGAGUGGCCUGACCAGGAGCUAGAUCGGGUCAACAGCUUCCUGAGCAGCCGUCUGCAGGAGAUCAAGAACACUGUCAAGGACUCCAUCCGUGCCAGCUUCAGUAUGUGUGAGCUCAGCAUGGACAGCAAUGGUUUCUGUAAGGAGGGGGCUGCAGAGCCAGAACCCCAGAGUCUACCCCCCUCAAACCUCAAUGGCUCCUCAGAGCAACGGCCUGACAUCAGCCUUGACCUGUCCCCUUUGACUUUGGGCUCCCCUCAGAACCACACGUUACAAGCCCCAGGCGAGCCAGCCCCACCCUGGGCAGAAAUAAGAGGGCCACACCCACCAUGGACAGAGGUGAGGGGCCCCCCACCCGGUAUCAUCCCUGAGAAUGGGCUAGUGAGGAGACUUAACACUGUGCCCAACCUGUCCCGGGUGAUCUGGGUCAAGACACCCAAACCAGGUAACCCUAGCUGUGAGGAGCCAGGCGCAAAGGAGGUCCCCAUUUGCAAGCAAGAGCUGCCUGAGCCUGUGGCCUCAGUUGGGAAGCCACGGAAAGGCAAAAGACAGGGCAGUCAGGCCAAGAAGAAUGAGGUGAGCCUAGUUGCCCAGUCCCCAGCCAGUCUCGAGGUUCCCAAUACCAAGGGCCAGACUCCCAGCCCCAAGCAGCCAGGUAAGGCUCCAGAGCCUCCCAAAGAGGGCAGCUGUGCCGAAGCUGGAGAGGGAGGCGGAGGGAGCCAGCCAGGACCAGGCUGGGCCAGCAGCCCCAAAACUGACAAGGAGAAGGUCAGCACCUGGCGAAACUGGCCAGGUGAGGCCAAGGCACGGCCUCCAGAGCAGGAGUCUGUGCAGCACCCAGGCCCAGCAAGGCCACAGAGUUUGCCGCAGGGCAAGGGUCGCAGCCGCCGCAGCCGCAACAAGCAAGAGAAGACAGCCACCUCCUUGGACGAUGUGUUCCUGCCCAAGGACAUGGAUGGGGUAGAGAUGGAUGAGACUGACCGGGAGGUGGAGUACUUCAAGAGGUUCUGUUUGGAUUCUGCAAAGCAAACUCGUCAGAAAGUUGCUGUGAACUGGACCAACUUCAGCCUCAAGAAAACCACUCCCAGCAUAGCUCAGUGAGCUCUGGCCGGGUCAAACUUCUUAAGGGUGUCCUGAGACCCCAACUGCCAGCUGACGGUCUACAGUUUCUUCCUCCACAUCCCCACCUACCCAAGACUCCCCUGCUCCCCACCAUCCUGGACCAACCAAAAGCUGAAUGGAUGCCGUGCUGUGCUGGGGCCCCUCAGGACCUCCAGAGCCACUUCCUGGUGCUACGCAGCCUCCACACUCAGAACCUGGGGGCUGGGCUGGCCUGUGGGCCGGGGCUGAUGGUACUGCUGGCCCAACACUGCUCUCUUUGUGUUUGGUUUUUUUGUUUUCAUUUGUUUUUUGUUUUUUUGUUUUUCAAUUCUUUACUUUUGAUACUGUGAAGAUCUUUCCUGCCGAAAGAUAAAGCAACAUUUGGACACAGUCA